AUGGCCUUUUAUGAUGAACAGGGAGGGGACUCUCAAUUCCCUGGCAGAUUCAAUAAGAACUUUGACGGACCGGUUGGACCCCGUCGUCCCAGACUCGUCACCGAUUAUGGCUCUUCGAUGGUACAAUGGAUGCGAACCCGACGACCGCGAUACCGAGGUGGACAUCGAAUGGAGGUGGAAAGACCUAGUGCCAGCUUUACCGUCGAUGUGAGUCUUGCGCAAACCCGCGCCUUCGAGAUGCUCCCACCAGUGGGCCGACCCCAUUCACCAAUUGACACAAUCCCCGUGCGACACCUACAUCAAUCUAUCGGAAAGUCGAAGAAGCCGAUCGUGGUGGUGCGAUGGACUCCCGAGGGCAGGCGACUGUUAACUGGUGGCCAUACCGGCGAGUUCAUGCUCUGGAACGGCACGGCAUUCAACUUUGAGACGGUUAUGGAUGCGCAUUACGAUCAAAUCCAAGCCGGUGUCACCUCUCUUGCAUGGUCUCAUAGUCACGACUGGUUAAUCUCAGGUGGACAAAGAGGAGACGUGAAAUACUGGCGACCGAACUUCAACAACGUUGAGACGAUUGAUGAUGCCCACCAUGACGCAGUUCGAGACUUGUCUUGGGCACCUAGCGAUACGAAAUUCCUCUCUGCAUCCGAUGACACAACCCUCAAGAUCUUCGAUUUCACCACCCGAACUUGCGAUACCGUUCUUACUGGCCACAAUUGGGAUGUCAAAUCAUGCGACUGGCAUCCGACGAAAGGUCUCCUGGUUUCCGGCUCAAAGGACCACCAAGUCAAGUUCUGGGACCCAAGGACGGCACGCUGUCUCACGACUCUUCACAGCCAUAAAAAUACCGUCACCGCGACUCGAUUCUCGCGGGUCAACAAUAAUCUGCUUGCUACGUCGUCGCGGGAUCAGACGGCGAGAGUUUUUGAUUUACGCAUGAUGCGCGAUAUUUGCAUCCUCCGUGGUCACGAGAAGCCGGUUUCUUCUCUGACAUGGCAUCCUAUUCAUAGCAAUUUGAUUUCUACUGGGGCAGAGGAUGGCUCCCUCUAUCACUAUCUGCUCGAUGAGCCAAACCUGCCUGCCGGCGUUGUUCCGACCGUGGCACCAUAUGACAGUCCUGACCCUGCCAAUACCCCUCCGCAGGUAAUCUACCCAGCUCAUCGCAUUCAAUACGCACACGGUGCUACGAUCUGGUCUCUAGACUGGCACCCUCUGGGUCACAUUCUUGCUUCUGGAUCCAAGGAUAAUUUUACUCGAUUCUGGUCGCGGGCUAGACCCGGAGAGACUAGCUACAUGAAAGAUCGCUUCCAUAUUGGCGAAGAGGCUGCGGAAGCUCAAGGUACAUGGAACCGUGGCUUUGGCCGCAAACAAAUGCGUGAAGAAGAGGAACAAGAAAUGCAGGAUGAGGCCGAGAGUUUGGUUGAUCAACGACGACCUGGUGCGUCCUCUCUGCCCGGAAUCCAGGGUGGAGGGCCUCAACCUGAUGGUCCGGGUCUACUACCUGGUAUCGGUGCGGCUCAACCUCCGCCUCCCUCGGCAAUGGCAGGUGGCAUGAGUGGCAUGGACCCUGGUCGCUUGGCUGCAAUCAUGUCUGCUCAGGGCCCUCCCCCGCCCCCACCACAGCAGGGCCCUCCAAAUGGCGGGAUUCCUGGAUUCCCUAUGCUUCCUGGAAUGGGCAGCGCUCCUCCUAUGAAUAUGGAUAUGGCACAGUUUCAAAAGCAGAUGAUGUCUCAGGGAAUGCCGAUGCCUCCUAAUAUGAACCUCCAAAACAUGGCAGCUGCGAUGGGUGGUCUACCUGGUCUGCAAGGUGGUAUGCCGAACAAUGGACGUCGUUAG